CUGUGAUGGAGUGAGCUGGCAGAAUCUCAGCAGCAGCAGCAGCGCGUAUAUCAGAUGAAAUGGUUUGGCCCUCGGGGUUACAGGAAGUUGUAGCAGCUGCCAUGUUUAGCUGCUUUGUUGUAGAUUUCUUGUAGGUUUCCUGCAGAUUUUUUUAAGUGUUGCAAUGGAGCCGAGCUGGAGUUCAUUUUUAUUUCAGCAGGCCAAUGAAGCCCUCCACCACCAGCAUCAGGUCUCGCAGAACAGCCUUCUGCCUCUGCUCAACUCUGAGCCACUGGAUCAAAAACCUGUUCUUCCCAUCCCGCUCGACCAGAAGCCCCCAGUCAGUGCGGCUGACCUCCUCAAAGACAACAUGGGCGGCGGGGCAGGCGGAGGGGGAGGAGGCGGAGGAGGCGGCGGCGGUGGUCCGGUGGUUAUAAAAAAGGAGCCCAAGUCGAAGACGCCCUUCAUAUGCGGCUACUGUAACAAGGCCUUUCGGGACAGCUACCACCUCCGGCGACACGAGUCCUGUCACACGGGCAUUAAGAUGGUGUCACGGCCCAAGAAGACAACCACAGCGCCCACCAUGGUGCCUCUCAUCUCCACUGUGCCACGCGACAACAACGGCAACCCCUCUUACGUCUCCACGAUGGCGGGCAUCCUCACGACGGCCACCACCUCCGCGUCCACGGCCGCAGGCAUCAUGUCGGUCCUGCCUCAGCAGCAGCCAGCCGUGCCCAAAAAAACCCCCAAACCUGUGAAGAAGAAUCAUGGCUGCGAGAUGUGUGGUAAGGCCUUCCGUGACGUCUACCACCUCAACCGCCACAAGCUCUCGCACUCAGAUGAGAAGCCCUUCGAAUGCCCCAUCUGUCACCAGCGCUUCAAGAGGAAGGACCGCAUGACCUACCACGUGCGCUCGCACGAUGGCGGCGUGCACAAGCCGUAUAUCUGCUCCGUUUGUGGGAAAGGCUUCUCUCGGCCGGAUCAUCUUAGUUGUCAUGUCAAGCACGUACACUCCACAGAACGACCCUUUAAAUGCCAAGUAACGGCCUGCACGUCCGCCUUCGCCACCAAAGACCGUCUACGUUCACACAUGAUACGGCACGAAGGCAAGGUAACCUGUAAUAUCUGCGGGAAGAUGCUGAGUGCCGCCUACAUCACCAGCCACCUCAAGACCCACGGGCAGGCCGGCUUCACAUCCCCCUGUAACAAAGACUCUAACAACGUGUGCAACUCUGCCUCAGUCACGUCAGUCACUGCUUCAUCCGCAUCCAACACUACGGCCAUGAACCGCGGCACCGCCAGCAACCCCGUCACCAUCGCCGCCCAGAUGAACAUCACCACCAACACGGUCAACAUCACCUCCCCCGUCAGCCUUCAGCACCCGGUCACCAUCACCGCUCCCGUCAACAUCGCCUCUGUCAACAUCCCAGCCACGGCGCCCAUGAACAUCGCCCAUCCCGUCGCCAUCACCUCGCCCAUGUCAAUGAACAUCACCGGUCCGCUCAACAUCGCCAUGAGGCCGAUGGAAAGCAUGUCUUUCCUCUCGCAGGUCCUGCCUUCCUCCCCGCCCUGGUAGAACCAAACGUCCCACCCGGCCUCUCUUCGUAAACCUCAUGUCUCCCGUUUUAGUCUUCCUCUCCAGCUGUGAGAGAAAAAAAGAGCCUGGAGGAAUGGCGAGUAUAUGAAAACGACAGUCCGCAGCGGCAAGGAAUCAUGCAGAAGUUAGCUGGCACUUUGCGUCUCCUUCGCUCGGCUGAGAGACAAGCAGAUCCAGAUUGUCUAGAAUUUAGUGACGGACAGAAAAAAUAGUUAUUGCAUGGAGUGGAAGACUGACAUGCUGUAUGUUUGGUGAUUUCACUUUUCUAGUGCCAGAAAAUCCUUGCCAGUCGACUGUUUGAAGCGGAGAACGUCGCCGCUUCAUUGUUAGUGUUAACGGUUUAAGGACUUUGGCAAAUAUUAACUGUGAGGAUUUUAUUUUUGUUAAGUUAGCUUGCUUAUCAGUAUUUCAUAGUUUUAUGCAUUUUAAUGAGUCGCGUACAACAAAAGGGACAGUGGCUUCCGUUAAUGGAAGAUGAGAGGGUUUUUUAUUUUCGAGACAAUACUCUACAAAUGAGGAAAACUAAAAUUUAGAAUACGUUUUUAAAAGGCCUCCUUUCAUUGUAAGCCUUUUAAUCUGUAGCUGUGUUUUUAUUUUUAUUAUAAUUAUUAUAAUUAUUAUUCUUUAUAGGUAAUCUUUGGAGUUGGUCAUUCCUGAUUUUAGAAUAAUUACGUUCUGUUUCAGUAGCUGGGAUAUACUUUUGCUUUGUGGGGUUGAACAUUUACAGUAACAAUCUGAUGAACUCUUGCACUGAACACAUAUCUCUUUAGUGACUAUUCUGACGGCAGUAUUAUUUUAGAUCAAAUAUUUUGUGUGUUCAUAUAGAUGCCUGGUCACCAAGUGGCCGACUUCAACACUGAAAGGUCCAUUUUUAUUCUGAAUCUUAUCUUAAGAGCAUUUAGUUUUGUAACCGUGACGUCUCUGCUCUUCCUUUCUGAAGGACGAGGGCUGUUUUUUCCUUAGGACCUUUUGCUCAGGAAAUAUGCUGAGGGUGUCCCAACUUACUCUGCUCCUGUAGUGUACAGAAUCACGUCUAACGCUUUCUUCCAGACCUAAUUUUCUUAGCAAUUAUCACACUAAACUUUGUUCCCUUUAAUUGGCGAAAACUGAGACGCACCUCAGAGGUCGAGGUGCCAAAUACUCUUUAGCUGUUGACGUGAUCAUCCAUCACAGGAGCGUUAAGUUAACCUCUGUUGCUUGUUUGUUUACCCCAGUCACAGUGAAAACCAAAACUGCCUUUAAAUUUUCAGGGUUUGUCAUCUUGUUCGGAGUAACCCUGUUCAAAAUAACAGAAUCGGCCAUCGCAAUUAUCCCCAAACUAGCUUUUCUCUUUGAUUUCCUCUCUCUGUGGGAUAUAUAAAAGCAAUAUGCCUUUCUCAAUCCUCCUGUUGACCCAGCCGGACAGCUGUCGUGCCCAUUUUAUGUGUUAUGAUAUGGGGAAACUGAUGCAAGGUAUGUUGUCACGUUUCGCCCUCUAAACUGGGCUUUCGUGCGCUUGUGUAAUGUGAAUGAGUCUCAAACAAAGAGUAAAACCAGCUGAAUGUGAUUGUACUUUGAAGGGAUAGUUCACCCAAAAAUGAAAAUUAUCCUUACUCACCCUCAAGCCAUCCUAGGUGUAUAUGACUAUCUUCUUUCAGAUGAACACAAUCUGAGAUAUAUUUAAAAAUAUCCAAGCUUUAUAAUAAAAGUAAUCCAUACAGCUUCAGGGGCUAAUAAAGGCCUUCUGAAGAGAAGCGAUGGGUUUUUGUAAGAAAAAUAUCCAUAUUUAAAACUUUAUAAAGUUAAAUAACUAGCUUUCGGCAGACGGCCGUACGCACCGUGGCGGAAGAGUAACCCCUGACCCGAUGCAUGACCUGGUGAUGAUGCAGAAGCACAGAGGAGAGAGCAAAACAAAACACCGGUCACGAAUUACGAGAAAUUUUAAAGAGAAGAUAUAGAUAUAAGAGAAGAGGAGCUUGAGUUUGUUGCCCAGACACAUUUGUUUAAACCGCAAGAGGCGUCUAAGCUUACGAUACUCCUACAUCCUGCGUCAUACAUCGCGUCAGGGGGUUACUCAUUUGGCGCAAGUAUGCAUACGGUUGUCUGGCGGCAGCUAGUUAUUUUACUUUAUAAAGUUUCAAAUAAGGAUAUUUUUCUUACGAAAACCCAUUGCUUCGCUUCAGAAGGCCUUUUUCAAAACACGCCCCUCAUUCACAACCAUUACAAACCAUGGAGGACUAAGGAUAUUUUUAAAUAUAUCUCUCGAUUAUGUUCAUCUGAAAGAAGAUAGUCAUAUACACCUAUGAUGGCUUGAGGGUGAGUAAAUCAUGCGGUAAUUUUCAUUUUUGGGUGAACUAUCCCUUUAACUGAUGUCAUGGCUACCAUCGUCUGGGCGUAAAUUGACGAAAAAAGGUUUAGUUCAUAUUAACUCGCACCCCCAGUGUUGACCUGGUAGCAAAACAUUUGUGGUCUUAAGUUAGUAUUACAUGGACUUCUAGUAGGCAUGUGAAAGCUAAAAUCACUCAAUGGCCUAUUUCCUUUUUCGUUCUGUUUGUUUUUAAAUGUUGCCUUUAGUCAAGGCGGAUUAUUUCGGAUGAGUUUCGAGAACUGGAAUUCGAGGAAUGUGAUUGAAAACACUACAACAACAACAAAAGUGAGAGUUUUUAAAUUGUGCUCGUGAUUAAAUGUCUGACUUCCGUAAUGGCGUCACUUCCGUGCCUGAACUGCAUGUCUGAAAAUGCCACCGUGAAACACAUCAGUCUUCUCUCUGACAAGACGAGCAGUGCUCAGCGAUGGAAACUGCCUGGGCGGCCAACUGCAGUUUAACUGUUUACCAAAUGUGUGUGGAGAUUUAGAAUCUAUUUUGCAUAUGAAAUAUCAAGUUGCCAUGUUUGAGGAAUUGUGAAUCUGUUAUUUUUUUUAAUAUCCUAUAAAGUAUUGCUAAUGAAGUUACUCCUUAUGCAUCAGUAUCUUUUAAAGAACAUUAAUGGUGGAAAACGAGAAAAGACUUUGUGUUCGGUUUUGGAUUGGAGAGGUUAAAAUGAGUCCAGUCCUUUCAUGUCCUUUUUUUUUUUUUUUUAUUAUUAAAUUGGCAAACCCAUGUGAAGGCCAAUGAAUGUAUAUCUUUGUACAAAAACAUUUAGCUCAGAGAACGUGGUAGUUAUGAUAGACACAUGCAAGGAAAAACACAAGUAAAAUAACCUUUUAUAAGACUUUUUGUAUUAGAACAUUAACAUUGGUAAUUUUGUAUAUAUAUGAAGACUAGGCUUUUUUUGAUUAGCAGAAAGGUAAAAAAAAAAAAAAAAACAUUCCUACAUUUUUUUUUUUUUUUUUUUUUUUUUUUUUUUUUAAAUGUAUGUUAAGAGUAAUUAUGUAAACACAUUGCGCAAUGUUUUAUGUGCCUUUUAUUUGGGUUGUCUAAAUAAAAGAAAACUGUCAAGUA